UAAAACUUUUUCCAUGUCAUGACCCUUACCUUUGGACAUCGGUAGCCGCCAUUCUUAACGAUAUUAAACUUUCCGAUCCAACCUUCCAUCGAUACGAAUUAAGAAAAGAAAAAAAAAUCCCGUUUAUCCUAUAUCUAUUAUUAUCUAUAUAUGUGCCUGUAUCUAUUUAUGUCAGAAAACCAUCUAUAUCUAUAUCUAUAAAAUCAAAAACCAAAAUGGAUUCAUCUUCAUCAUCAUCACCACCACCACCAUCAUUUCCACAAUUAUCACAAUCACCUGUAAAUUGGGAGGCUCUAGAUUCACUUGUUAUCGAAUUCGCCAAAUCAGAAAACCUAAUUGAGGAUUCAUCAUCAUCAACGUCAUCGUCAUCACCUUCUUCUUCAUCUUAUCAAUAUCGGUUAUUAAUUCUUCAAAUUAGACGGUUAUUACAAUCCGGUAAUAUCGAUUCCGUUAUUCAUCUCUUACGUCAUCAUGCUCCCUCUGUUCUCGAUGAUCACCGUCUCCUUUUUCGCUUACAGAAACAGAAAUUUAUUGAGCUUUUGAGGAAAGGAAGUGCCGAGGAUGUUAAGUCUGCGAUUGAUUGUAUUCGGACUGCGCUCGCACCUAGCGCUCUCGACGCUUAUCCUGAAGCAUACGAAGAAUUCAAGCAUGUCCUGCUUGCCUUUAUAUAUGAUAAAGAAGAUUUAACUUCUCCUGUGGUGAAUGAGUGGUCUGAGAAGAGGCUGUUCGAACUAGCUGGACUGAUGACAUCUGUAUUGAGAGCACACUUAAAUGCAUAUGACCCAUUGUUCUCGAUGGCAAUCAGAUACCUAAUCAGCAUACAUAAGGGAUAUUGCUUUCGUCAAGGUAUUUCUUCACCAAUAACAGAUCUUACCGAGAGGUUGCUACUUGAGGAGCGUGAUCUUCCUGCUACUCCACAAGAGGCUUUGUUUGAAGCACCUCCAUUCGAUGAGGUGGAUAUACAAGCGCUUGCACAUGCUGUUGAGCUUACAAGACAAGGGGCAGUUGAUAGCUUAAAAUUUGCAAAGGGUGAUCUUUUCCAAGCAUUCCAGAAUGAAGUGUGCCGGAUGAGAUUGGACGUCAACAUACUUGAUGAACUCAUUCACGAGUACUGCGUCUAUAGAGGCAUUGUCAACUCAGGUGCUCCAAAUCAGACAGAAUCAGAAUCUACUCUAUCUGCAGACUUUUCUUUUGAAGUUAGAAGUGGAUCCAGUAAGGUUGCUGAUACUGAGAUGGAUUCACCUGGAACUGGUGCUGGUAGCAUUCAGAACCCUGACUCUGAAGAGCGAUAUCCUUGUGGUGGCGGGAUCAGCAGCCAUGAAGACUGUAGUACGAGUGGAAUGUAUCGAGAUAAAGCGUCAAAAAUCAUGCAAAGGAAUAAGAGUCGGGGAGUCGGGGAUAGGAAUAAACGUAAAAGGUGGAGAGGAAGAGACGAUAUACAUGUUAAUGCUAAUAUGUCAGAGGAGCAGCAGGUUUCCGAAAUUUUGUCGGCAAUAGAUGCCAAUGGCAGUAAAGAAGAUAAAUUCGAGAUUAUGCUGGCACUAAAGGAGCUGACAAGCAAAGGAAUGGCUGCAGAAGUUGUAGAAGAAAUAAACGAUAUGGACCAUACUUUUUUUGCACAACAUCAUCUACUUCUCUUCCAGCUAAAACGGAUUGAGUUUUUGAAGCUGGUAAACUCUGGUGACCAUACUAGUGCACUUAAGGUUGCUUGUUCCCAUCUGGGACCGUUAGCGACAAGAGAUCCAACUCUCCUGAAGCCCUUAAAGGAGACCUUGUUGGCCUUUCUUACACCUAAUGAGAAACUUGUUGGCGAAAACUUAUCCUUUAAUGCUCUUUCAACUUCACUCCAGGUUGCGAUUGGUAGGAGGCUGGGCAUUGAGGAACCUCAGCUGAUGAAGAUAAUGAGAACUACACUUCACACGCAUAACGAGUGGUUUAAGCUCCAAAUGUGUAAAGAUCGGUUUGAGGGUCUGCUUAACAUCGAUCUUUUGAAACAAGUCAAUGAUCCUAUGAUGCCUGAUACUCUCUCUAAGUUGAGUGGUGAUAAUCAUAGUUCUUCCCAAGGUACUGCAACUUCAAGCAGCAGAAUGCAUGAAGAUGGCAGCAGUCCUACCCAAGUAUCGUCCACUGGAGAUGUUGCAUCUGAUGAAACUGCAAUACUCAAAGUUAUGGAGUUUCUUGCUUUGCCCAGGGCCGAUGCUAUUCAUCUCCUAGCACAAUAUGAUGGAAAUGCUGAGACUGUCAUUCAGCAGAUAUUUGCCUAGCAAGUAUGUACAAAUUCAAUUUUACAUUAUACAUUGUUUCUCAAUGUGUUAAACUUUAUGUAUUCGAGUACUUUUAUACAUUAUUUCAUUUAUUUGUGUUAUACAAAUAUUUAUACUAAGCCUGCUGAUAUAUGCAUCACUAUAA